AUGUACGUACACACACGCACGCACAUGUACGUACACACACACACGCACGCACAUGUACGUACACACACGCACGUACAUACAUGCACACACGUACGUAAAUACAUGCACACACGUACGUAAAUACAUGCACACACAACCCUAUAAAAAGUUGCAUUACUUCGUUGUUCACUCACAGAUCCAGGUACUGCACUCUAGGGGGAGGCAGAUAGCACAGUACACGCCCCUUCCUUUGCUUUCACUGCGCUCAGCUAUGGAGCAGUCUGACAGCUCCCAGUGCCAAUGACAGAUCCGGCCUGAGCUCCGAGACUGCUCAGCAAGACGGCCCUGGGGGACAAACUCGCCCCACCAUAAUUUCAACUCGCCAUUGGUGAGCAGGCAAGUGGAAUUUCAAGGCCUG